CCAGUGAUAUUUUUUAUGUUUUUACUUUUCAUAUUAACUUUGAAAUUUGAAUUUUUUAAAAAUUUAGUUCCAAAUUCUGGUGCUGCUAUAGCCCCGCCACCUUCUUUAUUGGAAUCCACAGAGAAAAAGGAAUCAGUGCCUAUUCCAACCACUCCUUUUGCCACUGGAAGUUCUGUUGCUGCUAGAAUUAUGGCUAAGUAUGGUUUUAAAGAGGGCCAAGGCUUAGGGAAAAAAGAACAGGGCAUGAGCCAAGCCUUACAAGUUGAAAAGACAAGUAAAAGAGGAGGCAAAAUUAUACAUGAAAAAGAUCUUCCAAAGUUUACUGAAGCUCAACCUCCAUCACCGCCUCAAUUUCAGCCACCUCCACCACCUCAGCCAGCCGCAAAUUCUCCUGCAUCCAAUUCACAAGUAGAUUCCAUCACAGAAAUAAUGAAAUCUCCUUCAAAAGUUGUCUUAUUACGGAACAUGGUUGGCCCUGGUGAAGUUGAUGAAGAUUUAGAGCCUGAAACCAAAGAAGAAUGUAGUAAAUAUGGUGAAGUUGUUAAAUGCAUAAUUUUUGAAAUCCCUGGUGGGAAUGUUCCUGAAGAAGAGUCUGUAAGGAUAUUUAUCGAGUUCAAGCGUCUUGAGUCAGCUAUAAAAGCUGUUGUGGACUUAAAUGGGCGUUAUUUUGGAGGAAGAGUUGUAAAAGCUGGUUUCUACGAUGUCGAUAAAUUUCAAAGGCUCGAACUUGCUGAUUAAAAAUAAAACAUGUAAAAAUUAUAAAUUUGACACUUUAGAUAUCAUAUGAAGUCAUAUUGUAUGUAUUGUGAACUCUGUAUUUGGUGACAUAUUUCAUCAUAUUGCAUUUUAUUUUAUAUGUUGACAUGAAAUAUUGUGUAUAAUAAACAGACACAUUAAAAUUGCUUUUGUUUAUGAAUUUUGUAUUUGCACAUACAAUUAAGAAAAGUUUUCUCUGCCAAUAUUUUUUUGAAAUAUUCAUGAUUUUGCUACUCACUAUAUAUAUGAUUUGUGGAUUUAUUACAUAUAGUAAAUUAUAGCAGUCGAAAUGCUGGUUAUUAUGGUAAUUACAGUUGUGAAAUUAUAUUUCCAUCCAUAAAAGUUCACACAAGUAGGAAAAUUCUGUAUUGGUUAGAAGUUUCAUACUUAUAUUUUCAUUACUAAUUUUUUUUUUUUGCAAAGUAUAAUAUAUGUAUGAAUGUAAAAACACUAACAUAUGAAUGUAAUUUUAACCAAAAAUAUAACUUAAAAAUCUUUCAAUCUAUUUCAUAAAGGUGGAUGAAAAGUCGAUAAAAUUAUUUAAACAAAUUUGUAAUAAACAUAUUAAGUUACAAAUUGAGACAAAAUUCUGAGACUGAUGUUUUUAUUAGUCACUUGCAUAAUCCUAAAUUAACUCAAAGAAGUGAAUUUUAGUAAUGCAAUAAGACUUUUAAAAUUUGCUUGGAAUUUUAAAAUUUGUCAGCAGAAGUAUGAAACACUGAUAAAAGUAAAUGGAUGACUUAAAAAAUGUUUCACAGUUCGACACAACGUGUGCAAAUGCUUGUAUGAGUAUUAGCAUUCCUUUUUUCAGUAUGUGAAUAAAUAUUAUUGUUUUGAACAUUUGAUUCUUUUGAUUUGUUAUACAUUAUUUGUAUGUAAUAGAUUCGUCUGCAUUGAAAAACUUUUUGUCCUUCUUGACACAUUUUGAUGUUUCUUGAAGGUUUUUCCUUUGCUAAAUUCAAACAUGGCUUUUAUUACAUCAUGGCAUUACAAACAUGGCAACAUGGAUUAGUCUGUGAUGGCUUUUAUUUUUGGCUUAUAUUUCAAAAUUUUUAAAUUUGACUGUUUCCUGUUUCUAAGAUGAAUUUUUAGAAAGAAUCAAAUACGUUAUAAAGUAAAACUGCCAUGGAGCUUAUAUUGAAUAAAUUAAAUUAUAUGACAGCUCAA